CCUCUAGUAUCACGGACGGAUGGUAGAGGGACAUUGGUUGCGACGGGAUAUUCCAAAAAGAACAACGGCAACGACGACGACAACGACGACGACGACGGGCAACGGCAUAUCUCCAGGACCCUCAAGAUGCCGCCAGCAGGAAGAAUAGCGAACUAGAUUUUCACUCUCUUCAUCCCCCACGACACCCCGGAACACAAUACAAUCGUCAUUGCUGGGCAUAUCAUUGGUAUUGCCCACCGACAUCGUCGCAAUGACAAGCCACGAGUCUUCACUCCUUCAGGCCCGUGGUGGCGCUCAUGCCCACGCUCAUUCCGCAUACAAACACCGACACGCACAUGGUCAUGGCCAUGACCAUCUGCACCAUCAUUAUCCUCAUGACGCCGUCUCUGGCCCCCGGCCCGGCGACGACAAGCCAGACACCAACCAAAGCCCGGAUCUCAAGAAGCGAGCCAAUGCGCCCGCCAUAGAUGAAAAGUCUACCGAUGGGAUAACUCCCACCGCAACGUCCCUCGUUACCGAGGUCAUCCAGACCGUUUCGCUCGUUCAGAUCGUGGACACCCUUGGAUCGCCGCUCUCCACGCUGACUCAAUUUGCUGUACCAAACACUGUUGUUAUCAACAAGGACACGGGCAAGACCAUUUCUGCUUCGAAUCCGGAUCCCACUCCAGCUCCAGCUGCCCCGGGCUCCGGCCCAGAUCUCAGCAAAGGGGUCUCAUCGUCGUCUACUAUUAGCUCGCAAGCAAAGGCUACUCCUCUCCCGUCGAUAUCUGCAUCUUCUCCGGCGUCCCUCUCGCCAUCCGCUCCUUCUUCAUCGCCAUCAACGGCUCCUCCACCAGCAUCUUCACCAGCGUCUUCGCCAGCGUCUUCGCCAGCGUCUUCGCCAGCGUCUUUACCAGCAUCUUCGCCAGCGCCUUCGCCAGCGCCCUCACCGGCCCCUUCGUUGGGAAUAGGCCACCAUAACGGAACAAACAUCCAUCGUUCUAGCAGUCAUUCAAGCGCAGCCAAUUCCAUGUUCUAUGCAGAAUCAGUAAAUGCUACCGCCACAUCAACAACGCUUUCUUCGACAACACCGACAACGCACUCUUCCACUUCGCUGACAACAAAAACAAAAACAACAACCUCAGAGUCUUCUUCCUUUGAGCCUACGUCCUUUACAGAACCAGUCACCUCAACUAUCUCUUCUUUUGAGCCACAGGCUACUGAUGGCGGAUUUGGUGGCGGAUUUGGUGGAGGUGCCACUCCGUCUACCAUAGACAGCACACAGCCUACCCCUUCUUCGUCUUCAAACUCAACUGUGAGCGCACUCUCCCCCCAGCAAAAGCAAGUUAUUGGAGGGGUACUUGGAGGCGUUGCUGGCGCCGCUUUCUUUCUUGUUUUGGUCCUGGUAGCUUUGAGGUGGAAGAGGCGUCAAAAUAACGCGGCUCUUGUUGCCGGUCAACCUACAUCGGAGUCUCGUGGGUUGCCUCCAGCCUCCGGCGCUCCCAGUGGAGUUCCCAAUGGCGGAGAUGGGAGCGGCGGCGGAAGUGCCAUGGCGGAAAAAUACAGUGCUGUAGCCCUUACUGCGGCUUUCACCGGCUUGGCUCCUAAGAGGAGCUCUGCUUCUGUGAAUUCUUCGGAAAUGGGGGAAAGAGGUUUCUACCGCGUGUCUGGCAGAAAGUUGCCUUCAGUGCUACAGGUAGGGGGCGAUGGGUACUCGGAUCCUCGCUCGAGUUUCAUGAGUGGCACAUCAGACUACUAUCGAGGUUCGCAAGCUUUUGACCCCUUCGGAGAACCAGGAACCCGGUUACAACUAGGGGCUCCCAUGCGUCCAGAUAGCGGCGUGCCAAUUGUUCGAUCCGGCCCGGCUCGCCCUGUGGUUGCAGAAGAGAAUCCAUUCGCGGACCCUCCGACGUCCCCCCCUGGUGACGUUUCGGCGCCCCCAUCGGCGCGGCCACGCGGCAGUCCACGGAGGGGAUCUAGAUUCCAAGAGGGCAUUUGAUUUAUAUCAAGCUAUCACACAUAUCCAUAUGUGUACAAGUUCAUACCCUAUACCCAUGUCGUUCCUGUACAUUUUUCACUUGAUUUUGCUUUUGUGUCUAUUUUCAUGGCACUCUAAACAUACUAAAAAGAACAUUUCCUUUCUGUUGCUGUUGCACUCACCGGGCUGCUCCCCCUCUUAAGGAGCGUCGAGUUUGGUUUUUUAUUCAGUCGACCCUAUCUUUUUUUUUUCUUGAUAUAUCUUUUAAGAUGGCGUUGAUGUGGGAUAUGGCGGAUUUUCGGGGCUGUUAAUUUCGAGGAAAAGGAAGGAAAGGAUAUAGAGGAAAAGCAAGGGCA